AUGGAACAGAAACGACCAGCUUCGUCUUCACCUUCAGAAAUAGUAGAGGUUUUACUGUCUGACGAGAGUGCUAAUAGUACUAAUACUAAUAAUACUGUGCCAGUUAAGAGGCAUAAACGCGAACCAGAGUCAGAGUCAGGGUCAAUGGUAUCACCGUCUCCAUCGUCUGAUAACAUGGCUGAAUGUCCCAUUUGUGGGGAGAUAAUGCCUGCAGAUAUCAUAGAGAGAAAGCAUUUAGAUGAUUGUCUCAAGGGUAAGAAAACAAAGCCGUCAAAGUCAACUAAAAGGACAAAGAACAAUUCCUCAACACAGGGGAACAUUCUGUCUUUCUUUACCGCUAACAACGAGAGGAAAAAGAGACAAAUCAUUCAUAAACGUGAUCAUGAACACUACUACUUCCAUGAAGCAUCUACUCAUGGAGACCUGGAACAUAAAAAGCUACCAAAAUUAGAUUUCAGUUCACUUUCAACUUCAAAAUUGAAGGAGAAACUUUCGGCAUUAGAAAUACCAACAUCAGGUACACGUCAACAGCUUGAACUCCGAUACAACCAUUAUUAUGUGUUGUAUAACUCCAAUCUUGAUUGUAAUCAUCCACUUGUGGAAAAAGUGUUAAGACUGAAACUUUCCCAAUGGGAAUCUUCUCAUCUGGCUUUCACCCCCACUACUACAAGACACUACAAUUCAAGCAAGCUUAUCACUGAUAAGGAUUUCCUGCCCACUUUAUGGGUGGCCAGUCAUCGAGAUGAGUUUUUAGAACUUACACGUGCUGCCAAAGCUACAUUAAAAGCCAACAUGAAGAAGUCAAAGUCAAAGUCACAGACAAAGUCAAACACAACGCCAGAGUCAUCUGAACCUCCAAAUGAAGAUCAAUUGAAUUGUGAUCAGAGUCUUUUAUUCUCUGUACCCGGGCUUUAG